UCCAUCAUCAUCUUUCUCUCAUACCGUGCCCCUCUUCACCGACAUGGAUUCCUCGGAGUGGCCCGAGCCGGUCGUCCCAGUUCAGUCCUUAUCGGAGAGCGGCUUGACCGAGAUCCCCGCAAGGUACGUGAAGCCCCCCUCCGACCGGCCUGGUGCUGUCUCGUUCCUGGACGGCCCCGAGCAGGGCCUGAAGAUACCCGUCAUCGACCUCGGCGGCCUCGUCGGCGACUCGGGGGAACGACAGGCUACCGUGCAAGCGAUAUCGGACGCAUGCAAGGAAUGGGGCUUCUUCCAGGUGGUGAAUCACGGCGUAAGCCUCGAUCUGGCUGGGAGGAUGAAGAAGGUGUGGAUGGAGUUCUUCCACCUCCCCAUGGAGGAAAAAAAAGCCUACGCCAAUAACCCCAAGACAUACGAGGGGUACGGCAGCCGCCUGGGGGUCGAGAAAGAUGCCAUCUUGGACUGGACCGACUACUUCUUCUUCUAUCUCCAUCCAGACUCCCAGAAGAACCUUGACAAAUGGCCUCUCCGCCCUGAAACCUUGAGGGGGACCGCUGAAGAGUAUGGACGUGAGUUGGUGAAGCUGGGUGGGGUGUUGAUGAAGGUGCUGUCGAUAGGCCUGGGACUGGAUGAGGGCUACCUCCAGAAGGCGUUCGGCGGAGGCGACAUGGAAGCUUCCAUGCGUGUGUGUUUGUAUCCCAAGUGCCCGCAGCCGGAGCUGACCCUCGGCCUCUCGCCGCACUCCGAUCCUGGAGGCCUGACCAUCCUCCUGGCCGACGACCGUGUCAAGGGCCUCCAAGUUCGCAAGGGGGGUGCAUGGGUUCCUGUUCAGCCUGCCCCCGGGGCAUUCAUCGUCAACGUCGGUGACCAGAUUCAGGUGAUAAGCAACUCGGUUUAUCCAAGUGUGGAACAUCGUGUGAUUGCAAAUUCCGCAGAGGAGCGCUUAUCCUUAGCUUUCUUCUACAACCCUAAAGGUGAUUUGCCCAUCGGACCUGCACCAGAGCUCGUGACACCGCACCAUCCGCCACUCUAUCCAACAAUUAAAUACCGUGAGUAUAGGUUGCAUGUGAGGAACUGGGGUCUGCAUGGCAAAUUAGCAGUGGAAUCUUUGAAGGCCGUGUAGUCUAAAGAUCUUGUGUUGUUACUAUCCCAUGUAUGGGUCCAUGUGUUUUAUCCAAAAAAACAAGGGAUAUGUACAACGAAUUCUAAGAUGACAAAAUAAGAAACUAAUCGACAAAUCGUAUAUGUUUUUCGACCCUCCAGUGUUGAAAUAAAUGCCAUCUUUCAUGGCUAGUUUCUCUUUUGGUUCUUAUUUUAUAAUUUCUCUUUUGGCCCUUAUUUUGUUUGAGAUAUCUUAUUUAGUGGAAUUAAUAAAUACUCUCGUCUC